GUAUAAAUUUCUAAAUUAGAAAAGUAUUCAGUCAUCUCUUUAGAUCUCCGUUUUCCAUUUUCCUCAAAACACAACUUCCAUUUCUCCUCCGUUCUAUUCAACAGCACCACUUUACACUAUGGCCACCGACUCCAGAUCUGAAGCCACUGCCGCCAAUGGAACCGAAAACCCUGUUCCAUCUCAGUCGCCACCAAUCCAAUCGACCCACAAAGUCGCCUUGAUCACAGGCAUUACGGGCCAAGAUGGCUCCUACUUAACCGAAUUUCUGCUUAACAAAGGAUACGAAGUACAUGGCCUUAUUCGCAGAUCCUCCAAUUUCAACACCCAACGGAUCAAUCACAUCUAUAUUGAUCCCCACAAUGCCCACAAGGCCCGGAUGAAGCUCCACUAUGCCGACCUCACUGACGCCUCCUCCCUCCGCCGAUGGCUUGAUACCAUCCAGCCUGAUGAGGUUUAUAACCUUGCCGCACAGUCCCAUGUCGCGGUUUCUUUUGAGAUACCGGAUUACACAGCUGAUGUAGUGGCUACUGGGGCUCUUCGUCUUCUUGAGGCGGUCCGGUCCCACAUAUCCGCCUCUGGAAGAUCCCAUAUUCGGUAUUACCAGGCGGGUUCGUCUGAGAUGUUCGGAUCCACUCCUCCACCGCAGACGGAGUCUUCUCCGUUCCACCCCAGGUCACCUUACGCGGUUUCUAAGUGCGCCGCCCAUUGGUACACUGUCAAUUACCGUGAAGCGUAUGGAAUUUUUGCGUGCAACGGGAUUCUAUUCAACCACGAGUCCCCCAGGAGGGGCGAAAACUUUGUGACCCGGAAGAUCACCCGGGCAGUGGGGCGGAUCAAGAUCGGAUUACAGAGCAAGCUUUUCCUGGGAAAUCUGCAGGCUUCAAGAGAUUGGGGUUUCGCGGGCGACUAUGUUGAAGCAAUGUGGCUGAUGCUACAGCAAGAAAAACCGGACGACUAUGUGGUGGCAACCGAAGAAUCUCACACAGUGGAGGAAUUCUUAGAGGUAGCAUUUGGGUAUGUGGGAUUGAAAUGGAAGGAUCAUGUAUUGAUUGACAAGAGGUAUUUUAGGCCGGCGGAAGUGGAUAAUUUGAAAGGGAUUGCAAGUAAGGCCAAGAAAGUAUUGGGAUGGAAACCCAAAGUAGGAUUCGAGCAGCUUGUGAAAAUGAUGGUGGAUGAAGACAUUGAAUUGGCUAAAAGAGAGAAAGUUCUUGUUGAUGCUGGCUAUAUGGAUGCCCAACAACAGCCUUGAUUGAAUCCAUUCAAAAACAGGCUUGCAUUUCUUUCUUUUUCAAUUGUUAGUCCUGCUCGUUCAUCCAAUGUUUUUGAUUGAUUUCGAAGGCAGUAGAAUUUUUGGAUCAUAUUCUGGUAAUAUUGUUGUUAUGUUUGCUGUUUCUACAUUAAAGUUGUAUUUGGGAUAAUCCUACUAUUCACUCAGUUAAUAAUUUUUUGACUAUUCCCAUGGGAUACUUGUUUAUU